GUUUCCAAGACCAUGCAAAAUAAUUGUCUCUAUCAAGUUUUGUUGAUUAUUAAUUGAAGUAAGAAGAAAUAAUGUCUGCAGGGGUAGAACGUCCAGCUUCGAUGCUUUUUCAAGAUAGUCAGUAUAAUUGGACGGAUGAUUUGCCAGUCUGCAAACAAUCUGGAGUGGGCUUUUCUACUAAUCAGAUCUAUCGAGAAGAUGGAUACCGACAAGAGGAGCAUCCAUUUGAGGAUCGCAGUUUUCACUGCAGAUAUGACGAUUCCACAUUUCUUUACGCGGUAUUUGAUGGUCACGAAGGCACUAAAGCAGCCAAUUUUGCUAUGCAAAGAGUGGCUGCAGAAAUCUUGCUCGGGCAAUUAAAUGGCAAAUCAAGUGAUGAGGAAGUGAAGGAAGUUCUUCGACAGGCAUUCAUAGCAGUUGAAAAAGGAUAUCUAGAAUCAAUUGGUGAUUCGUUAGCGGAACGAGCUAGUCUACAGUUUGACAUACCCGAUGGACUGAACUCUUAUGAGACCUAUCAAAAAUUUCCAGACCUCGUUGACAAGCUAAAUACGCUAAAUUGCGAAUUGUCAUCUGGGACCAGCGCUGUGGUUGCCUUAGUUUAUAGAGGAAAAUUGUACGUCGCGAAUGUCGGCGAUAGCAGGGCUCUGUUAUGCAAAACAGACAGCAAUCAAGUUUUACGAGUCAUACAAUUAAGCAUGGACCAUGAUUUGAGGAAUGAAGACGAGCUUUUACGAUUAUCUCAACUAGGUUUGGACGUCGAAUCGAUCAGGCAAGGUUCUCAUCUUGGAAAUCAGGAGAACACGCGCUGUCUUGGCAACUAUCUUGUCAAGGGAGGAUACAGAGAGUUUGAGGAGCUAGCAGCUUCCGUGGCGGAACCGAUCAUCGCCGAACCGGAGAUUCACGGUAGUAUUGAGCUGGACGAUUCCUGCAGAUUUCUAUUGCUCAUGUCGCGUGGCUUAUACAAAUCGUUGGAGGAAGCGACCGGUACCGAUCAAGUCAACAAGGAAUUAGCUUUGAUAGCCGUGGAACAGUUUCGGGUACAAUCAACUUUAACUGGUGUCGCCCAGGCGGUGGUCGACAAGGUUGUGAGGAUCCACCAUGAUGUGAACAUGAGCAACACGCAAAACACCAUGAUCACCAGUAAACGCGACGACAUAACUCUCCUGGUGCGAAACUUCAACUUCCCACUAUCACACGCCCUGAAGAGUCCCACCAGUCAGUCUGUUAGAUUCAAUCCCGUAGUGCAGACCGCGCCAAUCAGCAUACCGGACAACGAGGAUCUCUCGAGUACCAGCACCGGCAUCACUGACGAUAACUUUAACACGUCGACGACUGAGACGUCAACGACGUCAGACAUGUAUCCGCCUGGUGCCAGAAUAACAGAUCGAAAUGCCAGAAUCAAGCCUUACGUAGAUUUCUCGGAAUAUUAUGAAAACGUCGAGAAGAGAAGAAAAGAGGGAACUCUGCCGGAAGGUAUAGACUUCUAACAUAUUUAGUUUAUUUCUUGUAAAUAGGAUAUUUAAACUAUCAAGAUUGAUAUUGUGCAGUCAUUUAAUAUAUAGCAUGAAUAUUUCUAUGAUCGCAGUAUGUGUAUUUUUAAUGAACUUUUGGACAAAAAUCCAUUUAUACAUCAAAAAGAGUAAAAUUUAUAACACAACACAACAAGUCUUUUCAUCAAAAUGUAUUUAUGAUUCUCCCAUAAAUUUAUUAAAUUUAGGAUGUUUAUGUUUCAAAAAUUAUUUACUAUCUUAGCUCAUUUGAUGUAAAAAUAAUAAUGGAAAAAUAUCAAUAAAUAUUUAAAAUAUCUUUAAUUUUGGACGCGGAAUAUUUAUGUGACAUUAAUUUAGUGGUUCAAAUUUAAAUUAAGACAUAUGUGCUUAAGGGGAUUUCUGCCUCUCUCUUGCAUAUGCACGUAAUAUAGGACUUGAACUAUCAUAUAAUUUGAAAUAUAUUUACAUAUCACA